GGUUUCUCUUCAUGCUCUGAAGCCAAAUAUUAUUUGGUCUUCAUAUCAGUCUUUUAAAAUUAUAUUAGUUCUUCAAAAUAAUCAAUACUAAAAAAAACUUCAAGAAUCAAAUCUUCGAGAACCGAAUCUUCGAGAAUCAAAUCAUCAAGAUGCCGCCGAAACUUUCUGGAAAAGCAGGGGCGAUGAAGCCUAAGGUUGUGGAAAAGCCGGUGAGCUCGACUACACGAAGGAAGAAGAGGAAUGAGACCUUUGGCAUUUACGUCUACAAAGUUUUGAAACAAGUUCAUCCUGAAACUGGGAUUUCGAGCAAAGCCAUGAUCGUCAUGAACAGUUUCAUCAACGAUAUUUUCGAAAGGAUUGCUUCUGAAGCUGGACGUUUGGUUGUUUAUAAUGGAAAGCGUCGUACAAUGACUUCUCGUGAAAUUCAAACUGCAGUGAAACUUCUCCUGCCAGGUGAACUGGCCAAGCACGCCAUCAGCGAGGGAACGAAAGCUAUCACCAAGUACAACACGGAGAAGAAAAAGACUGAAAAGGAUCAAAGUUUCGAAAUGCCGCCGAAAAUGUCUGGAAAAACAGGAGCGAUGAAGUCCGAGUUGAAGUCUAAGGUUGUCGAAAAACCAAAGAGCUCUCUACGUAGGAAGAAGAGAACAGAGUCCUACGCCAUUUACUUGUACAAAGUUUUGAAGCAAGUUCAGCCUGAAACUGGAAUUUCGAGCAAAGCCAUGAGCAUCAUGAAUAGCUUCAUGAUCGACAUUUUCGAACGGAUUGCUUCUGAAGCUGGUCGUUUGGUUGUUUAUAACAAACAUCGUACAAUGACUGCUCGCGAGAUCCAAACUGCCGUGAAACUUCUCCUGCCAGGUGAACUGGCCAAGCACGCUAUCAGCGAGGGAACAAAAUCUACCACCAAGUACAACAGCGAGAAGAGUAAUUGAUUUUUAUCUACUAGUGUCUUUACCUUUUUUUUUAAGUUUUGUGUUUUUAAUGUUUAUGAGUUCUGUCUCAGCCGUUAAUUUAUUCUAUUUACUGAACUAUG